CCUCAUGUUCUAGAGCUUCAGGUCCAGGAGGGUUCUGAAUGCAGUUUGUCGGUCCAGUGUGGCUGAGACAUGGCAGAAGAUCAGUUAAAGGCAGACGCCUCGGCUGGGGAGGGGGAGACGGAGCCCAGUAUGCUGCUGCAGAAGCUUAAAAGCAACAUUUCUAAAAAUGUGCAGGGCAAAGUGGACAGAAUUUUGGACGAUGUACAGCGUUUCUCUGACAACGACAAACUCUACCUUUACCUACAGCUACCCUCAGGUCCAGGUGCAGGAGAGAAGAGUGCUGCACUUUUGCCUGGCGGACCUUCCAAACCUCAUAAAGUAAUCAAAAAGAUUGCAGCAGCUUCCCGAGCAGGUGGAGCAGAAGAAGAUAAUGUCAGUGCAGAAAAUAAGCAAAAAGAGAGAGAUGGUGUGGAACAGCCGCCAUCCAAUAAGCAGCAGAUCAGUGAUAAACCAACAAAUAAGCUUGAGUCUGCUCGAGUGGAGGCCUAUAUGAAGAAGCUGCCUCAGCUCCUUCCCAGAGGCACCGUUCCAGAGAAAACCUCCCCACCGUGUCUCGCACCAGCCGAUUCGGGCAGCGUUCAAGUCACUUUGCCUAUUACAGUCACAACGAUACCCUCUCAACCAGGUGGCACCGUCCCCGUUAUGAUUUUACCAUCGGGUGUGAGUCUCUCUUACCCAGAGCAUGAGAAAACAUCAGUCACGGUCGCCACUUCUGCUGCUCCGACUCCAGUCGUCCAGAGAGCACGACCGGCAGCUCCUAAGAGGGGCCCUGACCCCUCCACCUCAGUGUCAGCUGCUGGUGUUACUCAGAAACGCAAAAGAGGACGACCCAGAAAGCAAAGACCAGAAGACAUGGCACCACAGGUACUGUCAGCCCCAACCUCAAAUCCAAAUCCAGCUUUGCUCACGAGAGGAGUAAUCCAAAAAGCCUUGCCUUCCUGUGUGCCAGUCGCUCCUUCACAGUUGGUGGAAAUCGUGAUCCAGGACCAGCAAGGAUUGAUGCUUACCCAACUUCCGACCAUCCAGGAAGUGACAGAUGCUGAGCAUAGAGGUGUAGUGGUGCAAUGCCAACCAGCACCAGAACCUGAGAAGCAGCAGUCCAUCCUGCUAAUGCAAGGGCCCAACCAACCGGGUUACGAGCUGAGCCGCAGGAUGGUCAUCCAGCGUGCACCGUUAUCCAGAGAAGGAAGGCCAGCUCCUCAAGAAGUGCCACUGUCCACUGUUUCGUACCUCCCACCGGCAAUGUUAUUAGAGGACAGAGGAGAAGUGGAAAUUACUCUGACUCCUGUGGAGCCACAGGUCGAUUCCAUGCCAAACUCAGCAGGUAUUCCCAGCUCCUUCGGCUCCUCGUUUGGAGAAACUCCAAAACCAGAUGCCCCGUAACAGCAGCACAAUAACUGUCUCCUUUCUCUGAGACUCCCUGGUCUCAAUGUGCAAUGCUUUUCCAGUGCUUCUGUGAAUUGCAUACUGGCUUGUAGUCAAACUGAGGUGUACCAUCUUGGCUGAGCUUGAUUGGGUAUGUCUGCUUUCUGUGUAAAAUGAUGUAUAGAAGUACAACAUGUCAUUGUUGCCUUCAAACAGCAACUACACUCAUAUUUUCAUAUUAUUAAUACGAAAAAUUCCUGAAGAUUUCAGGAGUGCUUUUGAAGAGAUUAUGAAUUUAAGUGGCCUAAAACAAAAGUUUUGACACUUUUGACAAGAAAGAGUGAACUUUAGAGCAUUGAAAAUUGAAACAAACAGAUAUACUCACAAUCUGGUCCAGCUCAGUUAUAAAGCAAAAGGACAUCUAAAAAAAAAAGAUAAAUCAUCAUGGUUACCAAGGAACUGCUUACCAUCUGUCGGUGUUUAUUACCAUACUCGGUGCCAUAAGAGGCCAGUUGGUCUUUUUUGCUCUAACCAUCUUUGCAUGUUUGUGUUUGUAAAUAUUAAUUGAGGCAUUUGAGUGUGUUUUCUAGCUGUUCAGAUGACAAAGAGUGGUAUUACGGGUUUGCAAUUUCAGGGUUCUAAAAAAAAGUCCCUCCCUCACCCAUUGAUUGGGUUAAUAGUUCAGUUUUUUUUAGACGUCACAAUUAACAGAUAUACAAAACUUCAAAAUGACUCCAUCGAGUUGCUGUUGUGAAGGUCGAGAAGACCCUACUGGUUCAGAUGGUGCAUAGUGUAGGUGGAUGGAAAAACAAAGACCUCUUAAGUCCCUUUAAAUAUGCAAAUGAGGCUGUGAUUUUGGGAUUCUUCUCAAAUCCCCGCCCCCUGCGUUCAGGACUGUCCAGUCGUUCUCUUACAGCAACGUAAUUUAGCACUUAACAGAUGUAAAUAGUUUAUCUGUGAGCCCGGAAGGAUAUCUUCAUAGGUCAAGUGUACCAGAACUAAUUUAAAACAUUUUAUUUUCCAAAUGUAUAGCCAUC